AUGGUGACGACCGCGGAGCUGCACGACAUCGCGAAGAAGGCGGAGCGCAUCUUCGCGCGGUACGGCGUCGCGUGCUGCCUCACCGGCGGCGUGGCGUGCGGGCUCUACGGCACGACGCGCCCCGCAAACGACGUGGACCUCGUCGUCCUCACGACGGCGCACCAGCAGGAGGAGCUGAAGCGCAUCCUCGUGGCGGCCGACCCGCAGUUCUACCUCGUGGCGUCGAAGGACCCCUACGCGACGUACAGGGUGCUCUGGUACCGCCUCGGGUCCGCAUACUCGCGCUACGCCGCGCGGUGCAAGGUGGACCUCCUCGUGCCGGGCAUCAUGAACAUACCCGACGUGCCCAAGAAGUACAUCGAGACGCUCGGCGGGCUGCCCGCGAUGCCGUUCAUGCUCCUGCUGUGGAUGAAGCUGCAGGCGCGGACGGACCACCGCGGCUCGCCGAAGCCCUACAUGCGCCCGAAGCAGUGGGACGACGUGCGCGACAUCGACCAGCUGCUCGACAUCGCCCGCCGCCGUGGGGAAAUGAUCAGGGCGAAGACGGCGUGGAUGCCUGCGAGCUUCGUGGACGCUGCUCUGGCGAGAAUCAGAGAGUACAUCGCCGAUUUCCCAGCGUCGAAGGCGAAGUGGGAGGGGAUCGGGUAUGGUGGAAGGCGCAGCACAUCUAGGUUAGUCGGGGUCCUGUGA